UGCUAUUCCUGGGAGAAAGAAAACCUGAAAUGUGCCCAACAAGGACAGGUAAAAUAACAACAAAAAUAAGAGACAAGAAAAAGAGGGGCUGAGGCCUGAGGUCUCUCAGACUAGGUAGGUCUCGAAUCCGGCCGUUGCAGGAAGCAACAAGGCCACAAACACUUCUUGGCCCAGCCCGGGCGCGCGACGGAACAGGACAAGGGUGGUGGAGUGGAUUUGGCGGACGGGAGGGACGCAAGCCACGGCACGGCAUGGCGCCACCCGCCACUCCGAGUCUGCUCCUCUCCAACCACUCCUCACCCUCGCCGCCGCACCGCCGCCGCCUCCUCCGCGCGCCGGGGCUCCUGCUGAAGCCUCGCCCGCACAAUCCUCGUACCAUCCACCGCCACGACAAUCGCGGCGUCCUCUUCUCCUCGUCCUUCCCUCGCCUUCGCCAUCAUGUCCUCCGCCCGGCCGCCGCGCCGGCCAUCGCGCCCGGCGACCACUGGGGCAACUGGGCCUUCCUCCUCUCCGCCGCGGCAUUCGGCACAUGGUCGGAGGAGAAGACGCCGUGGGGCGCGGCGCUCAGCGGGGCCCUGGUCAGCAUCCUGGCCGGCCUGGCAGCCACGGCCGCGGGGCUGAUAUCUCCCGGCGCGCCGGCGCACGACGCCGUCAUGGAGUACCUGCUGCCGGCCGCCGUCCCGCUGCUGCUCCUCGGCGCCGACCUCCGCCGCGUCGUCCGCACCACCGGCGACCUCCUCAAGGCCUUCCUGAUCGGCUCUGUUGCAACUAUAAUCGGCACGACGGUGGCCUAUCUUUUGAUUCCGAUGCGAUCGCUCGGCCAAGAUAGCUGGAAGAUCGCAGCCGCGCUUAUGGGCAGCUACAUUGGUGGAGCGGUGAACUACGUUGCCAUCUCUGAAGCUCUCGGCGUCACGCCAUCUGUUCUCGCCGCCGGUGUCGCAGCGGACAACCUCAUCUCCGCGCUCUACUUCAUGGCCCUCUUCUCACUGGCAUCAAAGAUACCAGCAGAACCCAAGAUGGCUCAAGCCAGCCACAAGGACGGCGAGUCCGAGGGCGGCGGGCGCCUCUCGGUGCUGAACGGCGGGUUGGCGAUCGCGCUGUCCUUCGUCAUCUGCAAGGCCGGGUCGGCCAUCGCCAACCGACUGGGCCUCCAGGGCGGCACCCUGCCCUGCGUCACGGCGCUGGUGGUGUUCCUGGCGACGGCGUUCCCGGGGCAGCUAGGCAAGCUCGCGCCGGCCGGCGAGACCAUGGCCCUCAUCCUGAUGCAGCUCUUCUUCGCCGUCGUCGGGGCCAACGGCAACGUCGUCGACGCGGUCACCAAGGCGCCCAGCGUGUUCGCCUUCGCGCUACUUCAGGUGUCCAUCCACCUCGCCGUGGUGCUCAGCGUCGGCAAGCUCAUGGGGCUGGAGAGGAAGCCCCUGCUCAUCGCCUCCAACGCCAACGUUGGCGGGCCCACCACGGCGGCUGCCAUGGCCACGGCCAAAGGAUGGAGCUCGCUGAUUGUGCCGGGCAUCCUCGUCGGCAUCUUUGGAAUCUCCAUGGCCACGUUCUUUGGCAUUGGCUUUGGCAUGUUCGUGCUAAGAAGAAUGUGAGGCUAGCCAUGGCUGGCACUGCUUCUGCUAGAUGCCGUCUCGCUCACAAUCAGAUCCACCUCGCUGAUUGUUAGGCUUAACUUGAAGCACGGCAUGCCACUAUGGAGAUUUAUAAUCAGAUUGCGUGAAAGAGGAUAACAAUAAAGUAGGACAGAUUCAUCCACUGCAGUACAAAUCAAAUGCAUACGAAAUUCGAAA